UUUUGUUCACUUGUCUUUCCCAGUCUCGACCACCAUACACCAACGCCACCACCGUCGCAUACAACCUCACCACUCACGUCUCCUCAUAUUUGAAUAGUCAAUGCCUGCUCAAAAACGUCCAUACGAUACUUCUCCUACUCCUCCACCUGACGACGAAAAAGACGACGAUGAUUCCUUACAAACUAAUAAUAAUCAAAAUCACGACGAGGAACAACCCGAUGACGAUUCGGAUGGAACUACUUGUUCGAGCGGCGUGGAGAAAGAUGAAUUUAUCACUCUGAGACUUUCAGAAGUUCGCAAAGAAGUACAGUGUCCUAUAUGUUUAGGCAUUAUACGAAAGACCAGAACAGUUAUGGAGUGCUUGCAUCGCUUUUGCAGAGAAUGCAUUGACAAGUCUAUGCGAAUGGGGAGCAAUGAGUGUCCUGCUUGUCGUACCCACUGUGCUAGUCGCCGUUCUCUGAGAGAUGAUCCGAACUAUGAUGCUCUAAUUGCACUUCUAUACCCAGAUAUUGAUAAAUACGAAGAGGAGGAAUUGGCUUUUCAUGAAGAGGAGAAAACUCGAAAUAAGCUGAUACAAGCUUCAAUUGCACAGACAAUACGGCGACAAUCCGAAGCACUGGGAAGGAAACGGACUGCCAGAGCUACAGCAGCCGCUUUUGCAAGGAGAUCUCAGGGAAGCUAUCGGAAUUUAAGGGGAAGAAGAAACUUUCAGGGUGCUGAACACCAUAUAUCUGAUGAGGACGAAGAUGGUAAUCAUGAUGUUGGCAAGGAUUCUUCCUCUGCUGAUGAGCGCUCAGUAGAAGUCAAACCAAAACGGUGCAAAAAGAGGGUAGGACGGCCUUCUCAUGCUUCAGCAGCCAGUGACGAAAAUGAUGCAGAAACAAACCAAGAAUCAUUAGGCGCAUGUAAUGGACUUAUUCGCUGUUCAGAGAUUCUUGCCUGGGGAAAAGGUGGCAUGCGAAGUAACACCAGGCAUGGGGGUCUUGGUGGAGGCACUGGCAAGUUCUUCAGGAACAGCCGAGUCUCAAAGCUAAUUGAUCAUCUAUGUCCUUCGGAUGAAAAUGAAGGGCAGUUGGAUGUCAGACUUAUGCUUGUUUCCUUGUCCGAAGAGGAUAUACCAAGUUUGCAACGACCUUACCUUUGCUGCCGGCCAACUAUGGAAGUUAAACAUUUGAGCCAGUAUGUAGCUCAGCAGACUUCCAUAGAGGUUGGUGAAAUCGACAUAGUGCUGAUAAAAGAGAUAAACGCCACUGACAACCCUUCAAGUUCUGAUAUCAUGACCAUUUCCAAACCCAUUGUUGGAGAUCCUUCUAAAAUUGAAAUCCAUAUGGUGAAAGAGCAUCAGACUUUGGGGGAAAUCCAAGAUACAUGUGGUUUUAACCAGCGUAAUUUGAUCUUGGCAUACCGACGAAAAUCAAAGAAUAGGACAGAUCAUGAUGAAGGGAAGGUGACCAUGUAGUUUUGGCUAUAUACAGAAUAUAAUACUCGACAAGAAGUGUAAUUUCAACUGGGGUUUGGAGUUCUCUGUAAAUCCAUAUAGAAAGUAAGUAGUUUAGUAAGUGGUAUCAUACACAUGUAGUUCAUUAUUCAGGAAAGAUAAUCCCCUCAACUAUUUUGACUCAGCGUUUAUUCACCUUGAAGUGGUUAUGAACACACUCGUGUAAUGGUUUAUUUACCUUUUUAUGGACUUGUUUCAUGUA